CACAAACCCAAUUUGUUAAACCGAAAUUAUACCCCUCUGGGCUCUGGCACUCCUAAACGACGACGUCCCAAACAUCCUCAGUUCCUCAACUUCCCACAUUUCUACUGACCACCUGAACAAGCAAAACCAAACCCUAGAGCGACAAAACCAUGGCGAUUUCACCAGAUUUUAGGGUUUCUGCAGCACUACGCCCUUUCUCUUGCACCCCAUUUCGUAACACUCUUCACCGCUCAAAGGUUGAUUUUACUGGCUUUCUAGAUGGAGGGAUGGUUGUUUCUGGGGGCACAGUCAGGUGGCCUCAAUCUGUGGUUGGCAGCCACAGCAUCCGUUGCAAUUUUAAACGACCUAUUGCUGAUGAUGGUGAAUAUAAGCUGUCCUCGGGUUCCAUAAGCCAAGAAGCUGAGAACUUCCUCAUUAACGCCAUAAACAUGACUUUUGUUGAGCGUCUAAACCUAGCUUGGAAAAUAAUCUUCCCUUCACCGGCAUCAAAAAGGAAGUCUAAUGCGAACAUUGCUAAACAGCGUCUGCAAAUGAUCCUCUUCUCUGACCGUUGUGCAGUUAGUAAUGAGGCUAAGCAAAAGAUAGUGAGCAACGUAGUAAGAGCUCUAUCAGAUUUUGUGGAGAUAGAAUCACAAGAUAAAGUUCAGCUUAAUGUUUCUACUGAUGCAGCUGUGGGAACCAUUUAUUCAGUGACAGUGCCUGUUCGACGAGUAAAACCACAAUAUCAAGAAGAUGACGAGACUGGCACAAUCACAAAUGUCGAGUACAAAGACUACGGUGAAAGUUCUGGUUCUGUUGACGUCAAGUUUGAUUUUUAUGUUCCAGAUGAAAAACAUAAUGAGCUUAGAUUCUGAAACAUGAAAAUGGAUCGGAAGAGGCUGAAGGACACAAUGAAAUUAUGCAGUGACUACGGAUUAUUCGUGGUGCCAUCUUUGGUGAGAUGUUUCGGAUUCCUUUUGAUCUAGACCUGACUUUUAAAUUUGUAAAUAAAUUACUUUUCCUUCUCGGGUGAUCUGUUUUUUCAGCAUCAAAGUUCCAGUUUGUAGUUGAAAUGAAAAAAUAUGGUAAACCUUGGUUGGUCAUUCGAAAACAGUACAUCGUAUCAGUUUAAUUCAAGGUUUGUAGCAGUUGACUAUAAUUUGUAUUUUGUUGGUUUAUACCAGUGUUAAUUACAUGGUUGAGAAUUGAGAUA